UUGGUUCUCUCUCCUCUUCUUCUUGUUGAUGACGAUGAGAUAGCAGCAGCAGCGGCCCCCAAAAACAAACAAGUGAAACUCUUCUUCUUCUUCCAGUUGUGAUUAGGAAUGGAAUUACAAGAAAGUUAACCCUCUGCUUAUUAUUAUUAUUAAGAAAUUUUGUUCAUUAUGAGAAUGGCUACUGCUGUCACCACUUCAAGGGCCUUUCUUUACUCCCAUCGUUACCACAGCCUUCCAUUCUUUCUUCCUUCUUUCUUUACUGCCUCUAGGGUACCCAGGUUUCACCGUAAUAACACGAGGAACCCCAUCCUCCUCUCUGCUGUCAAGUGUUUGCACUCCUCUUCCGCGCGUCAAAAUGUGGUUGAUAUUUUGGAAGAACGAGGGUUGCUUGAGUCCUUGACCAGCGAGCAGCUCAGGCAUGCCUGCUCCGACCCUAGUAUCCCUCCUCUUAAGGUCUAUUGCGGGUUUGACCCAACUGCCGAGUCAUUGCACUUAGGAAACCUUCUUGGCCUUAUAGUCCUCUCAUGGUUCCAAAGAUGCGGCCAUCAAACCAUAGCUUUGAUUGGUGGCGCCACUGCCCGUGUUGGAGACCCUUCUGGCAAGAGUUUGGAGAGGCCGGAGCUCGAUCUGGAGACUCUGUCGCGGAACACCUCAGGUAUUACCAAUACCAUUGGGAAAAUUUUGGGGUCCAGCGGGGUUUCCAUCUUGAACAAUUAUGAUUGGUGGAAAGAAGUUACAUUGCUGGAUUUUCUGAAAGAUGUCGGUCGAUUUGCGAGGGUGGGCAGUAUGAUGGCCAAGGAGAGUGUGAAGAAGAGGUUGGAGUCAGAACAAGGAAUGAGCUACACAGAGUUCACUUACCAGUUGUUGCAGGGUUAUGAUUUCCUCUACCUCUUCCGCAAUGAAGGCACCAAUGUUCAGAUUGGAGGUAGCGAUCAGUGGGGAAAUAUAACUGCAGGGACUGAACUCAUAAGGAAGAUUCUUCGGGCUGAUGAUGCGGCUUACGGCUUGACAUUCCGUCUUCUCUUAAAGAGUGAUGGUACCAAAUUCGGAAAGUCUGAAGAUGGUGCCAUAUGGCUUUCCCCAUCCAUGUUGUCUCCCUACAAGUUUUAUCAGUAUUUCUUCUCUGUUUCCGAUGCUGAUGUUGUCAGAUUCCUCAAGAUUCUCACUUUCCUAGACAUGAACAACAUCAAACAGAUAGAGAGUGACAUGAAGAGACCUGGAUACCUGCCCAACACCGCACAGCGCAGGCUUGCUGAAGAGGUUACUCGUUUUGUCCAUGGUCAAGAUGGUCUAGAUGAGGCUCUCAAGGCAACUGAAGCAUUGAGGCCUGGCGCUGACACUAAAUUAGACUGGAACACCAUGCAAGCCAUUUCGGAGGAUGUCCCCUCGUGCUCUUUCCCUUAUCAUCAGGUCCUAGAUCUUUCCGUUGUUGAUCUUUCAGUGUCAUCCGGUUUGCUUGACAGCAAAUCCGCUGCCCGACGUCUAUUGAAGCAAGGGGGGCUUUACUUGAACAACUCAAGAAUUGAUAGUGAAAAUAAGAGAAUUGAAUCUCAAGACAUUGUGGAUGGAAAACUUCUCCUUUUGUCUGCAGGCAAGAAAAACAAGGUUCUUGUACGGAUAUCAAGUAGCAGCUGAGGUGCCCGCCUGAUGCAGAUGCUGUUGUUAUCCUCUCAUCCCGGCGGACUCUAUUCCAAUUGGUAUUUUUUUCUCGUAAUGUGAAUCCAGGGGAAAAUGGUUGUAGAAUUUGGACCGUAUAAGCAAACCCUUCCCUUAAAGAUGCCAUUUGUCUUGAUUGUUCUUGAAUUCAGAGCUGCAGUUCAGGCUUAUAUGCAUAUGAUGCCCCCUCGAUUAUUUAGAUGAAUUAUGUAUAAUUUUUGGAUAACGUUGACUUUUUCAUCUCCAGUUCGUUUACAGAGGAAUUUGAAAGGAAAAUUGUUUUGGUUUA